AGGAAAAUACAAGGACAAGCAUCUCUCCCCCCUUUUCUCCCCCAAAAAAAGUGUAGAAAUCUUGAAAGGGGGUGGGGGAGUUAGGGGAAGUUUUUGAGCCUAAAACCAAAUACCUAAAAGUUAAAGAACUUCUUGGGCCAAAUACCCAUGUAGAAAAAUUGCUUCUUUUUUCUGUCAAGUUAUCAUCUUUCUUGCAUUUUGUUAGUUUCACAGUGCUAUAGCUGAAAAAAGAUGCCUAGGCCAGGACCCAGACCUUAUGAGUGUGUAAGAAGAGCUUGGCAUAGUGAUAGACACCAACCCAUUAGAGGUUCUAUUAUACAACAAAUUUUCAGGGUUGUACAAGAAAGGCAUGGUGUUGUUACUAAAAAAAACAGAGAAUGGCAACAGAAGCUCCCUAUUGUGGUUUUCAAAGCUGAGGAAAUUAUGUACUCCAAAGCUAAUUCUGAGGCUGAAUAUAUGGAUCCUGAAACACUUUGGGACCGGUUAAAUGAGGCCAUUGAUACUAUAAUUAGGAGAGAUGAGACUGCAGAGACUGGACAGUUCUUGCCUCCUUGUGUUGAAGCUGCUCUUAAUUUGGGGUGUACUGCGGAGAGAGCGUCUAGGAGCCAGCGGAACACUAAUCCGAGGAGUUACCUCAGCCCAAGAAAUCAAGAACCUCAAUGUGUACCUCCUAAAGUUUUCAGUAGAAGUACCAAUGAGCAAAACACUAACUCAUCGUUACCAUUUCGCCCUGCGAACCAACCCACAUUUUUGAGACCUUCAAAUGUCAAUUCACCCAGAUUAGCUUCAGAUUUUGACAGGCCUGUAAUGCCUAGCAUCGACAAUCUUGGUGCUUCCUCAAGUGCAAAAAACGUUAUUAUUCCGGAAAGUAACAGUUCAGCUGAUGUGGGUUCAGUAUAUCCGCUGUACUAUGGUACUGAUGUUCAGCCUGAAGUUUCUCCUAUGGUCUUCCAAAAACCUCAACGUAAUGUAAUUGUUGGCAAACCUAUAUACCAAUCCAUGGCGGAGCCUGCUGAAAUCAGCUGCUUCCCGAGAUUGUUUCCCUAUGGGAGAGAUGAUAUUCAAGAAAAAUUAUGUCAAGCAAAUUAUGGGGACAACACUAGGAGGGUGCCUGAAUUGGAUUGCGAUUUGUCCUUAAGGCUGGGUCGCUCCGCAAACUCUCGUUUGCAGCUGGAAAAGAUUCAAACUGGUUGCUUUGGUGACAUUAGGCCAAGCGACAAUUCUCAUGAAAGAGAUCGGUUCAAGCUUAUGUCUACCAGUAAAGGGAAAGAGUUCACUUUCUUUCCCACGGAGUCUGCUACUGGUCCAUCAGGGUUGCACAGAGCUCAUGAAAAUUUGGAGGUUUAUGGUCACAAUGCAGAAAAACUAUUUAGGAAGCCUAAGAUGCCUGUUAGGCCGAGUGACAGUUUUCAGCAAAGAGACGAGUUCGAGGUUGUUUCUACUAGUAAAGACAAAGAGUUCCCUUUCUUUGUUGCGGAGUCUGCCAAUAGUCCGUCGGUGUUGCAAACAGGUCCGGUAAAUUUAGAGGGUGAAGGUCAGAAUGCUGAAACACUACUUAGUAAACGUAAGAUGCCCUUCCAUACCAAUAUGGAACUCGGACAAUUUUUGUGGCAAGAUGAGCAAACUUUGAACCGUUUUUCUGGUCAAAUGAAAAGGCCAGGUUUGUAGUCUGUAGACAGGCUCCAUUUUGUUGUAUCAUAAAAUUUUGAGAAAAGAAAAGUUUAGGAUCCCUCCUUUGCAUUUUUA